AAGCCUAAGGACCCUACAGCGCAACUGAUAAAGUUUAUUCAAAAACGAAACCACGAUCCCGCGUUGCGCGGUGUGUGGGGUCCAAAUCGCGUUUCGAAGAGCCGAAUAAGCACGCAUCUUUUGGAUCAUGAAGCCAAAAGCGAAGAAAACACGGGGGAGCGACGCCGAGAAGACGACCGUGUGUGCGGACGAUGGAUACGUGGCGGGGCAGCUCUGUGGCGCCGUCUUCCAGCGCAAGUCCGAUGGUGGCGGUGGGCCCUCCAAGAAGUCUGGUCUCGCCGCCCUCUUCUCGCAAGGCCCGGCAGCGGCUCCAAGACGCCCGCUCUUCGUUUCGCCCGAAGCGGUUCGGGCUCAAAGAAAGGCGGAUGCGGAGGAAGCGGCUGCCCAAAAGGAGAAGGAGAACUUGGACAAAGUUCAAGCGAUGAAGGCUCUCUGGUCGAAGGCACAGGAGGAGAAGAGCAAGGAGAAGGAGGAACGGAGUCGGCUCAAGCACAAGCCCUCCGACGACAACGACGCUUCUAAACUCUUUACGAGGGAGAACGCGCUGGACAAUGCCGACAAGGUGGAGCGACACAAAGAGGAGAAGAGCAGAAGCAAGAGGGAGGAGAAAAAGCGCAAGCACGCCGAGGAUGUGGGCAACAAGGGGAGUGAGCCAAAGCCCGCGGAGAACAAGUCCGGGUGGUCGGAGCGACCGCCAAAAAAAGCCAAAUCGGACGUCGUCACCGCCGAAGAUGAGGAGAAGCGCAAAAGGACAGUGUUUGUCGGCAAUUUGCCGAUGAGCCUCGCGAAGGAGGCUGUAAAGAAGUUCUUCCGGCCGUGCGGGGUGAUCGAGUCUGUUCGCCUGCGAUGCAUUGCACGAGCCGAUCCCGACAUGUCACUCAGGCAGGCCGCCAUACAAGGAAAAACGCAUCCCCAGAGGAACAACAAGAAUGCCUACGUGGUCUUCAAGGAGGAGCAGGGGGCUGUGCAAGCGCUGAGCAGAAACGGAGAGGAGAUACAGAGUGGAUUUCACAUACGAGUAGAUGCAGCGUCUGGAGAAAAAAAUCAUGACCACAAGAGGUCGGUGUUCAUCGGAAACCUUCCCUACGACGUGGAGGAGGACCGAAUCAGGAGCCACUUUGAGCCGUGCGGUCCCGUCGAGUCGGUGCGCGUGGUACGCGACCGGGAUUCCGGCAUGGGCAAGGGCUUCGGCUACAUCCUCUUCAAGGGCGCCGACGCAGUGCUGUUGGCGCUACACCUGGACGGCUCCGAGAUGGCCGGGCGGAAGGUGCGGGUGAAGCGCUCCGUCAAAAAGGAGAAGAUCAAGCCGGGGAGGGCUGGCCGCCCGGCGAACUCCAGGCGGCCAGGGAAUUCCGGCAAACCAGGCAACGCCGGAAAGGCAGGCAACGCCGGAAGGCCGGGGAACUCCGGGAGACUGGGGAAACCGGGGAUUUCCGGGAGACCGGGGAAUGCUGUGAGGCCAGGGAACGCCGGGCCGAAGGGGCGCGGUGACCUAUUGCCGCCAGCGGCCAAAGCAGCCACCUGGCAGCCCAAGGGGCCCAGGAACUUUAUGGGCGAAAUGGCCGAGAAGCCGGUGAAGAAACCCAAGGUGAGAAGCAAGCCCGGCCAGAGCAAGGUGAACAAGAAGGGCAAGCUGGGUCGGCCCGCAAAGAAAUAACCGCCAUGGGGGGGGGGGGGGGGGGGUCGUC